UGUCUGUACGGGUCCAACCAGAGAGCUGCCAGGCCCUUCCACAUCGUGCUAACAGACCUGAGGGAGAGCAGCCUGUUGUUCCAGGAGUGCCUGAGGAUGAACGAUGGCUUUCUCCACUAUGUGAUGGACGUUACUGAAGAAAGCUGCAUCGACCUCUUCCUUCUUGAAAGCCUCAUCUACCUCACGCCUGACGCAGAGCAAGCUUUGAACACUGUGGAUCCGGAGAAGGUGUACAUACUUGGAGGCCUGGUGGAAGAAAGCAUUCAGAAGAAGAUCAGCUUUCUGAAGGCAAAGGCCAGUGGCAUCUGUACAGCCAGGCUGCCCAUCGAUGAAUACAUGGUGAAGAAGACUAACCCCAAAAACUUCCAUUCAAAGAUACUGGCCAUUAAUCAAGUCUUCGACAUCCUGCUGUGCUUCUGUGAGUCGGGCAGCUGGACUCAAGCCCUAGGAGUCGGAGUCCCGCUGGGGAAAGGGUACGUGGUCGCUCAGGAAACUACGGAGACUUCUGCAACUGAGACGAAAUGCGGAACAGGCAAGGCUGUGGAUGCCUUACCGUCGAGGUGUGUGAUAUGAAGGGCAGCUCUGAUUGCUGCAUGCUGUCUGGGGAGGGACGCAUGGUCACCUCACGGCAUUCCCCUGACCCAUGACUGUGUACUGAACGGGGAAGGCUGGGUGGUUUCCACGCUGUGCAACACUGGGAGUACAUCUUUCAGAUGAGAUGUUAAACCGAGGUCCUGACUCACUGUGGGGGUGACAUGGCUCAGGCGGUAAGAGCAGUCGUCUGGCAG